UCUUAUUUUCCUAUAUCCACACAAGACAAGAAGAUCUGCAAAAAGAAUUUAUCAAGGAAGACACUGUAGAAGAGCUUGGAACACGGGCUCUGUUCAUUAUAUGUGAAGUUUAAUAUGGAAUGUAUAAAACCCAUUGAACCCAAUGCGUAUAAACACAGUCCAACGUCAAUUGUCCCAUCGGAACCAAACAACAUACAAACAGUAUAUACAAUAGACUCGACACCUCCAGAUCCAAAAAAAGAGGAUGAAACAUGGCGUAUGGCACGAAGAAAAAAAAUUGCUUGGAUUUUCUCCAGCGUCUGUAUGCUCAUAGCAGCAGCCAUUAUUAUUGCCGUGCUGGCUUCAAGAUACGCUCCACUACCGACCACAAGAUCAAACUGUGAAAAAGCAUGUGGAACCAACGGAAAGUGUGUCCUUUCUUCGCAGUGGUGUGAUGGGGUAUCUGAUUGUCCUAAUGGUGAAGAUGAGACAUCCUGUGUUGCACCAAAAGCUUGUCAGGCAUCAUGUGGAAGCUCUGGAGUCUGUGUCCUUUUUUCCCAGUGGUGUGAUGGCAUUUCCCACUGUCCUAAUGGGGAAGAUGAAAAAACAUGUGUUCGACUGUAUGGACCCAGUUUCCAACUACAGGCCUUUUCUCCUGAAAAAGCAACAUGGCUGCCAGUGUGCUACGACAAAUGGAAUGACAACAGUGGAAAGAGUGCCUGCAAUGACAUUGGAUAUAGCACGAGCAGCUAUUACCAGAGCAGUCAGCUGUUGGCCUCUUCAAGUUCUGGAUAUUUCACCCUACAGUCCAGUACUUUGACUGGCAAGUUGUACAGAAAUCUCAAUUACAGUGCUACCUGUGCCUCUGAGAAUAUGGUUUCAUUGCGCUGUAUAAAUUGUGGUUUGUCUACAAAGGUAGACAGCAGGAUAGUAGGGGGAACAGUUGCCUCAGCAGGAGAUUGGCCGUGGCAGGUUUAUUUUCUGAAGCUCGUCGGUACUAAUCUUUAUUUAUGCGGUGGAUCCAUCAUCACACCAUACUGGAUAGUGACUGCUGCUCACUGCGUAUAUGGGUCUACUUCUACUCCUUCUGCUUUUAGAGUCUUUGCCGGAACACUGAGCCUGCAAAACUAUUAUUAUACAGGCGCUUUGGUGGAAAGAGUGCUCAUGCAUCCCAACUAUGCAUCAAGCACACAAAUCUAUGAUGUUGCUCUACUGAAGCUCACAACAGCGCUGGUAUUUACUAAUAAUCUAAGACCUGUAUGCUUACCUAAUGUUGGAAUGCCCUGGGCAGCUGGACAACCCUGCUGGAUAUCUGGAUGGGGAACUACAUCAGAAGGAGGCAAUCUUUCCCCUACUCUAAAGGCAGCUUCAGUGCCUCUUAUCUCCUCCACUAUAUGUAACCAAGCCUCGGUGUAUGGUGGAGCCAUCAGUUCUACUAUGAUAUGUGCUGGUUAUCUGAGCGGAGGAACAGACACUUGCCAGGGUGACAGUGGUGGACCUCUGGUUACCAAAACCAACUCCUUGUGGUGGCUUGUUGGUGACACAAGCUGGGGAUACGGAUGUGCCAGGGCCAAUAAACCUGGAGUUUACGGGAAUACUAUGCUCUUUUUGGAAUGGAUAUACUCGCAGAUGCAGACAUAUGGUGGAUAAAAUGAACAUCACAGACAGAAGAUCAGAAGAGAACAUGAAUAAUUUACUUUUUAAUGGAAUUAAUCAAAUAUUAUCCAUGUAAAAUAAUUUAAACUAAUUAUAUUUCUUAUUUAAUCAAAUAAACCUGGCCAGCUGCUGCUGACUUAUGCAAGCAAGCCUUUAGCUGUUGGUGGGUUCUGAGAGCUGGAGUUCCGCAACAACUGAUGUACAGCAGACUGGACAGCACUGAUAUAUAAAGCACGGCUGAUGCCAUCUUGUUCUGUUGUUGCCAUCUUGCUCUACGGUUUUCCGGAUUUCUGUAAUUUGGAUCUUCAUACCUUAAGUCUACUAGAAAAUCACAUAAACAUUAAAUAAACCCAA